AAACUGGUUUCGAUUAAAACGCUGGUGUGUUCAAAACUCACUGGUUUCGUCCUGAAAUGUGAUCUCAUCUCAGGUUAGGUCAGUUCAACUGUUCCAGCUAUCUGGGGUAGCUUUUCUACUUUUAUUCGGGAUCAGAGCUAACUAGUUCUAGGCAAAUACCACAUCCAUGUCUUCAUAUACACAUUUUAUUCUCUCUGCACACUCUGUUCCCACCUACAACCUCGAUGUAACUGCAACAUAAUAAAUUUGCAAUAGCAAAAUUGAUCUCUCUCUCUCUGAUAAAUGAGGGGUCGCAGGAUUCUUACAUUUCACUCGGCGAGGAGGAACUAGGCAGAAGAGAAAGCUAGAAGAUGGAUACUCGAGCGAGGAAGAGUAGGGAGACAAGCCCAGACUGGGCAAGAGUAUAUGUUCAACCCAAAAUGAAGGCCUUCAAGAAAGUUCAGGUUUUGUAUUAUCUUUGUAGAAAUGGGCAGCUUGAACAUCCCCAUUUCAUGGAGGUCUCUCACUUAGCCAACCAACAGCUUCGUCUAAAAGAUGCCAUAGAUCGGCUUACAGUUCUCAGAGGUAAAGGCAUGCCCUCCCUGUUCUCCUGGUCCUGCAAAAGGAAUUACAAGAAUGGUUACGUGUGGAACGACUUAGCAGAGAAUGACGUGAUCUAUCCAGCAGAAGGAGCUGAGUACAUCCUCAAAGGGUCUGAGCUAAUAGAAGGUUGUGCAGAGAGGUUCCAGCAGCUUCAAGUAAGCAGAAAGCAGCAGGGAACAGAACCAAAUGUCCAUUAUAAAAGAAAACUAAUAAUUAGCGCUCGAAACAGAGAGCUGGAAGAAGUGGAAGACAUGCAAGAGGAAGAGGAAGAAGACGAAGAAGAAGCAGAGAAGGUAAGCAAUGGCAGCUUCAACAGACCGUCCUACUCUCGACGCUCAAAGGGUGUUUCGACAGACAAAAUCGAGAAGCACAAGAACCAUCAAAAAACCCAGAACAAUCUCACAGAGAUUACGUUAGACGACGCAUCUCCUCCUUCAACUUCCUCGACCGUUUCAGAGAAAGCCCACGAACCUAACAGUAAUUCUCAACGAUUCGAGGACUGUGACUCGGCCACUGAGCCCAUAAUGAGUCGGAACUCGGUUUUGCUCCAACUAAUCGCUUGCGGCAGCUCGGUGGCCAUUAAGGGAAGAAAUGUUCCUACUCUGAAUCACCACCAAUCGGUAUCGAAUGGGAGAAAGAGUAAUAGCCUUCACAAAGGGGUUCUCUGCAAAACUGCAAUCAGGAUGACCGAAGAUGAAGAGAUCAAUUACAUGUCGGAGAACCCUCGAUUCGGGAACCCUCAAUUAGAAGAGAAAGAGUACUUCAGUGGGAGUAUCGUGGAGUCGAUGACAUCAGAAGACCGGGUCACGAUGGAGCCGACACUGAAGAAAUCGUCAUCGUACAACGAAGCAAGGUUUGUUCCACACUUCCACUGUCCGUCUGUCCCUCUCCUAAGCCAAUCCGACACUGAAGAAAUCAUCAUCGGGCGAGUCAAAUCCAGACUCAGUCAUGGAAGAACAAGCUUUUGCAGGAGCAUGAAGACUAGGUUGGGAGAAGUAAGAGAGGAGGAAAUGGAGAAGGGAGUGAAAGGGAAGUGCAUUCCUCGCAAGAAAUCUUCCUCCAAGGUCCAAGCCAACCCAAAAAGAAAUGAUAAAAUGACAAAUGUAUCCUAGUAUUCUUUUCUUUUAUUUCUUUCUUUACUAGGAAAGAGGUGAUGUUGGAGUAGAUGAGUAGUGAUACUUAAAAUUCUGACUUGUGGGACCAGAAGUUCUUUGUCGUGGAAAUAUGAAUGAUGGGACUGUGGGAGUGGAUCAGUGGAAACAAUGUUGAUGAUCUCCUUUUUUUUUAUUAAAAAAAAAUGAUGAUUAUGCUGCAAAGCUGAUCAUUUCAUUGCACCAAAAUCUAACUACAUGAAUGAGCGGGCGUUCAGAUGUACUUAAAUUAAAAUGCUGAUGUGGCAAGUUAUUUAAAGAUGGAAGUA